AUGCCUUUGAAAACCGCCACUUACAAAGUCACGACUGCCGAUGGCAACUUCAAGAUUGGCCGCUUCGCCAUUGAAGAUCUGUCUUUGUUGCCCAAGAGAAUUGUGGCUCAGCAAAACGAUGCGGCAGUGCCACACCCGUGGAUAAUUGAGUCACUUGGAGGAGACAAAUAUAGGGUCAAAAUCAUGGGGGCUCCUCUUAGCACUAUACAAGACAGGCUAGCUGCACACCUGAUCGAAGAACCAUCAGACGAAUGGACCAUUGCCCCGACUGGUCAGAACCUGUAUACAUUCUCACAGAAUGGCCAGUACAUCGAAGUCCCGACCGAGGAAUCGUAUCAGCUCAAAACGACCGGUACCAAACCAAGCCAGGGCUUCAAGAACACCAAAGUUGGGGUAGCGUGA